CCGUCAAAUACUAAAACGCAAAGGCUAAAAAGAAAAGGUGUCUCCAUGUGAUUUGGUCGUAGCCAUUGUUGAGUCCAAAUUUUGUCCGUAGUGGAGAGAGAGAGAGGAGGAAGAAACCUGGAGAUUUCGAGAUAGGAAGUUAAAAUCUCGAGAAACUCAGAUAGACAUCCUUGGUUUUUGAAGACCCUAGUUUCUACCAUGUUGUUAACAUUGAGAGCUUCUUUUGUGCCUAUAACGACGUUAAAGCCUCGUUUUUUAUACAACAUUCCGCACAAUCACCAUAUCGGUUUCUGCAAGUCCCCAUUAUUCAAGUUUAGAAGAACAUAUGCUCAAAAUGACGACGAGUCUUCUUCUUCUACUGGUGGUGGAAACAGACCGGUUAGUAGCGAUGAUUCGACAAAGAAAGACCAAUUUGGUGGUUUCAGUUUCAAGUGGAGGGAGCUGUUGAAUCCGGAUCAAGAUAACUUUGUUGCUGUUGCGUUAGCCGGGGUAUUGACUUGGGCUAGCCUUCAAGUCUUGUCUCAGCUUUUCUUAAUCUCUUUCGCUAUCCUUGUCGCUGCUCUCAAGUAUUCAUUUAUCGCUGCUCUACUCAUUUUCAUUCUCGUCACUCUCCUCUAGCUUUCUCUAUUUGUUUGAUGAAUUUGGUACCAAGUUGGUAUAGUAUGAAGUUGUUGCAUCACACACAGGUUUGAAUUCCAACUGUGGUUUCAUACAUUUGGCGUUUGUACUCGCUUCUUGAAAACAAUGAAGAAUGUCUCAAAAGAAACA